GCCCCUCCUCCGUCCCGCCCCCCGCGCCCAGUUGAGAGCGCCGCAGUGGCCGCCGCCUGCACCGCCCGGCCCCGGAGCCGCCGCUUUGCCCGCUCGCCUGGGCACGCUCAGAGAGCGGCGCGCGUCGCCGGCCCCAGCUCUUCGGUCCGGCUCCGCAGCCGGCCUCCGGGAGCCCCUGCAGCCGCCCCGGCUAGCCCCGCUCCGUGCGCGGGCAACCGCGCUCCGCGUCACAGGAAUUUGGGCAGGACCCCGACGGGACCGGCGCGCAGGGCUGCACCUGGAGCCCCGCGGCUAUGCCCGGAGCCCCUCUCCCUGCCAGUCGCUCGUCCUGCGCCCGGGCCCGGCCCCCGACGGCCGCGCGUUGAGAUGACUUUCCGAGACCUCCUAAGCGUCAGUUUCGAGGGACCGCGGCCGGACAGCAGCGCCGGCGGCUCCAGCGCAGGCGGCAGCGGGGGCGGCACGGGCGGCCCGGCCGCCUCGGAGGGCCCGGCAGUGGGCGGCGUGCCGGGGGCCGCGGGCGGCGGCGGCGGCGGCGGCGUGGUGGGCGCGGGUAGCGGCGAGGACAACCGGAGCUCCGCCGGGGAGCCGGGGGGCGCGGGCGCUGGCGGCGAAGUGAAUGGCACGGCGGCCGUCGAGGGGCUGGUGGUGAGCGCGCAGGGCGUGGGCGUGGGCGUCUUCUUGGCCGCCUUCAUCCUAACGGCCGUGGCGGGCAACUUGCUUGUCAUCCUCUCGGUGGCCUGCAACCGCCACCUGCAGACGGUCACCAACUAUUUCAUUGUGAACCUGGCCGUGGCCGACCUGCUGCUGAGCACCACGGUGCUGCCCUUCUCGGCCACCAUGGAGGUUCUGGGCUUCUGGGCCUUCGGCCGGGCCUUCUGCGACGUGUGGGCCGCCGUAGACGUGCUGUGCUGCACGGCCUCCAUCCUCAGCCUCUGCACCAUCUCGGUGGACCGGUACGUGGGCGUGCGCCACUCGCUCAAGUACCCCGCCAUCAUGACGGAGCGCAAGGCGGCCGCCAUCCUAGCGCUGCUCUGGGCCGUAGCCCUCGUGGUGUCCGUGGGGCCGCUGCUGGGCUGGAAGGAGCCGGUGCCCCCUGACGAGCGCUUCUGCGGCAUCACCGAGGAGGCAGGUUACGCCGUCUUCUCUUCCCUGUGCUCCUUCUACCUGCCCAUGGCCAUCAUCGUGGUCAUGUACUGCCGCGUGUACGUGGUAGCGCGAAGCACUACGCGCAGCCUGGAGGCAGGCGUCAAGCGCGAGCGGGGCAAGGCCUCCGAUGUGGUGCUGCGCAUCCACUGUCGCGGCGCCAGCAUGGGCGCAGACGGGGCGCACGGGAUGCGCAGCGCCAAGGGCCACACCUUCCGCAGCUCACUUUCGGUGCGCCUACUCAAGUUCUCGCGCGAGAAAAAGGCGGCCAAGACGCUGGCCAUCGUCGUGGGUGUCUUCGUGCUCUGCUGGUUCCCCUUCUUCUUCGUCCUGCCCCUCGGCUCCCUGUUCCCGCAGCUGAAGCCCUCCGAGGGCGUCUUCAAGGUCAUCUUCUGGCUCGGCUACUUCAACAGCUGCGUGAACCCGCUCAUCUACCCCUGCUCCAGCCGCGAAUUCAAGCGCGCCUUCCUCCGCCUCCUGCGCUGCCAGUGCCAUCGUCGCCGGCGCCGCCGCCCCCUCUGGCGCGUCUACGGCCACCACUGGCGGGCCUCGACCGACGGCUUGCGCCCCGACUGCGCCCCCUGCCCGGGCGCCGCGCCCCCCGGGGCCCCGCUGGCCCUCACCGCGCCCUCGGCCCCCGGCUCUCCAGGCACGCCCGAGGUGCAGGCUCCGGUCGCCGGCCGUCGAAAGCCGCCUUGCGCCUUCCGCGAGUGGAGGCUGCUAGGGCCGUUCCGGAGACCCACCACCCAGCUGCGAGCCAAGGUCUCCAGUUUGUCGCACAAGAUCCGCGCCGGGAGCGCGCAGCGCGCAGAGGCCGCGUGCGCCCUGCGAUCGGAGGUGGAGGCCGUGUCCUUAGGCAUCCCCCACGACGUGGCCGAGGGCGCCACCUGCCAGGCCUACGAAUUGGCCGACUACAGCGACCUCCGAGAGACUGAUAUUUAAGGACCCCCGAGCUAGGCCGAGGAGCGUGCUGGGGG